AUGAGUUCUGAUUUUGAAUUAGAAGAAUUCAAUGGACUUGGCACAACACUUGCACCACGCAUUCCCAACGCUGAAAAUCGAACUUUAGAAACUAAAAUUGAAACAAAACAACGACGUUUUCAAUCAACACAACAUGAUCUCGAUGAGCAUCUCACAAAAGUUCAUAUGCUUGAAGAUCAUCUGAAAAAUGUUCAAGAUGAAUUGGGAACAACACAAAAACUUUUUAAUGCACGUAAACAUGAAGUUGAAACUGAAGAACAUAUGAAAAUGCUCAAUGAACGGGAAAUAGGCCGUCUUAAACAAGAUAUAUUACGACUUGAAAAUGAAAUAACAAAUAUAAAAGAUCGAAAAAGUACUUUAGCUGAUGAAGUUUUUCGUGCAAAUCAAUUGUUUGAUGAAAUGAAAGCACAAAUGAAAUGGGAUCAGCAAGCAUUAGAAGCAUGGCUUGAAGAAUCCGCACAAAAAGACGAAGAUGUUAUGGCAUUAAUGAAAUAUACUAGACAAGAUGAAGCUAAAGUUAAAGAACUUAUGUUUAAAAUUGAACGGAUGACAGACGAAGCAAAUAAAAAGAAACGCUCUGUCGAAGGUGAAAUCAUGGAUACAACUAGUCUUCAAGUUGAACUGGAUAAAACAGCAAGUAAUUUCCGGCAUGCUCAUCGUCAUCGACAAGAACUUAUCACACGAUGGGAAGAUAUCAUUGGACAAAUGCAUCAACGAGAUCGUGAUAUUGAUUUAUUGGCAGCUCAAUUAGUUAAAAUAAAAGCUGAAGCGCGUUCUGUUGAAGAACAAAUAAUCGAAAAACGAGAAUUUUAUGAUAAUGAACAACGAAACAAUAAUGAACGUCAAUUACAAAUGUCUAUGGCUGAACGGCAAGCAGGAAAAUUACGAACGCAAUAUGAAGAUGCUGAGAAAAAUCGUUUGUUAUAUGAAAAUGAAUUAUCCGGUUUACGGCGUGUUGUUAAACGAACAGAAAAAGAUAAAGAAAAUGCAUAUGCACUUCUAAGUCAAAUGAAAAAACAAUUAACUAGUCGUAAACAAUAUCUUGAAGAUGUGAUGACACGCAAAAAUGAUUUAAUUGAGAAGAAACGUGAAAUAUUAGAUACAAAAUAUACAGCUGAAGAAAAAGCUAAUAAAAUGGAUAAACUAUAUUUGGAUGAACAAGAACGUGAAAUGAAAUUGAAUAGUGAAUUAAAAUUAUUAUCGGAACGCAUGUAUAAGAUUACACAGGAGAUAUUUGAUUAUAAGACUAAAGAAAAAAAUCUCGAAGCUGAUAUUAACGGUUCAGUUGUUACACUUAAUAAUUUACAAGCUAAAACAAACAGAUUAGACCAUGAAGCUUUAAAACAACAAGAAGUACUUUACCAUCAGGAUUUUGAAAUUCAAUCUCUCGAACGUCGAAUAAAUCGAAUGCAGGGUGAAAAAAGUACCGAAGAACAGGCUAUGCUUGAACGAAAAAUUAGUGAAUUACAAGUUGAAUUACAGCGAAAACGUGAUGAUCAUGCAAUGUUAAAUUCUCAAACAAAACAAAUCGAAGAAGAAAAACGACGUUUAAAUAAAAAUCUUAAAGAAAUCCGUGAAGAUAAAGAAACUGAACAAAAAAAGAUAGAAGAACUUGAAUUACAUGCUGAUAAUGCACAAAGAUUGAUUAAGAAAUUGACUGAUGACAAAGAGAAUCUACUUGUUGAAGAACAUUUAAUGCGUAUUGAAUUAAAACGUCUUCGUGGUUUACUUAAUUCAAAAGCUGAUACUAUUAUGACACUUGAAACACGUCGAUUACAACUUCAAACAGCUAUAAAAGAACGUCGAAGUGAAAUAUCUAUUCAUCAGUCAACACUUCGUCAGCAAUUACGUGAUGAAGAAGGAAAAACAAAUGAAAUAUCAGCACAAUUACAUGAUCGAAUUAAUAAAAUAGAAAAAUUAAAGAAAAGAUAUGAAAUCGUUAAUAUUGCAAUGGCACCACCCGAAGGUGCUAGUGAAGAAGAAUCAUCUCAAACUUAUUAUGUGAUAAAGGCUGCUCAAGAAAAAGAAGAACUACAACGUGAAGGCGAUGAACUUGAUGCAAAAAAUCGUAAAGCCGAACAAGAAUUAUUAGCUCUACAAAAUACUCUUCGUAUCAUAAACAGUGGAAAUAAUCAGACAAAACAAUCAUUCAAAAAAUUACCGGAAUCAAGUGAUGAAUUAAGUCGACUUGAAGAACUAGAAGAGCAAUCACGUCAUUUGAUGGAUAAAGUUCGAACGAAACGUAGAAAAGCUGAAGACAUGAGAAAUGAUUUAAAACGUACUGAACGUGCCUUUGAAGAACUACUCAACGAUCAAGGAGCCCUAGAAAAUGUAAAUCAAGAAAAACGACAACAAAUAGGAAAAUUAGAAAAUGAUGUCAAAGAUAUGGAUGCAAAACUGGUUCGUGCUGAUAAAAGUAUAUCUACAAAUAAGAAAACUGCACGAACUGCUCGUAAUCAACAGCAGCCAUUAAUUGAAGAACAUGAUUUUGAAUUACGACUUUUAAAAGAAUUUAAUAAAAAACUUGAUGUACUUAUUGAUCAAACUGUUUCGAUUGAUCCCGAUGCUAAACAUUGUUAUAAUAUGCUGAAAGAACAAUCCCAUUUGGAUAAUCUAUCCAGUAUAGCAAGUACACCAUCAAGUGUACGAAGCAGUUCAACACGCAGUUCAACCUCUCAGCCAUCACGCACAUCAUCACGACAAGCUAUUCCUGUUGCUUCAGUACAACUUGGUUUAGACGGAUCACGACCACCAAGUCUAACUGGUCAACGACAACAAAGAGCUUCAUCACGUGGUUCAUCGACAGCUAGCUCAUCGUCAACAUCAUCAGCUAGAAGAGUAGUGCACUAA